CACUUUGCAACCCACAAGGGUUGUUGUUUUUCCCCCUUGCACUGUUGCUUUGCACUCGUGUGCGCACAAGGACUUUUAAAUGAUCCAACACAGUUCACAGAAGGGUUCUCGGGACUUCUCCGGCUUUGGGUUGAGAUCCGCUAGGAGAGAAGACGCAAGAGGGGAUCGCUCAGUUUGAGGCAGUUGUUUCAGUCACUGCGAUGGAAUGAGCCGCUGCACAAACUCUCCUCAACUAGUGGAAAACUUUUUCUUUCUUGGUGUCUCCUUCACUGCAGUGACUUUUUAUUUUAGUUUUCAACCCAGGCAUGUAUGGAUAACGGGAAGUUCGCGCAGGAAUCCGAUUGAGAUGGAUCAUUGCUGAACGUUUUACGGAGCCGGGAUUACACAGCGCAGUGCCAGCCUGUUGAACGCCCACAAAAGGGCCUAUCACACACCAUCUGCCUGGGAAUAAAUAACACUCUCUGGUGAGGACACUAUCCGUGGAAGUAGUGUAGAAGUUUUACUUAUGACACUGCCCUGAGUUUUACCGUGUCUUGCAGCCAUAACAAUGGCAAGCUCUGGCGCAUUGGCACAGAGCGUCUGUAGAUCUCUUUGGCCUCUCGUUUGCGUGCUCUUGUUUUUUGGCUAUUUAUCCGUGGCCUCGCCGUCCCACGGUCGGCGACUGAUAUGCUGGCAAGCCAUCAUGAACUGCCAAACCGAGCCCGAGUGCAAUUACGCAUAUGAGCACUACCUGCGCGCAUGUGGCCCCGUGCUUAACGGAGAGAGGAAGAGGUGCCCCAGCCACUGUAUCUCCUCCCUUGUUCAGCUCAAUCUGACCAAAAACGGGCCGGCGCUGGAGGACUGCAGCUGCGCCCACGACCCGCUGUGUACAAGCACCAAACAGGCCAUCGAGCCCUGCUUGCCCAGGACUACCAGUACGGGCUGCACGGAAGCCCGGCGCCAGUGCGAGAGAGACAAGCAGUGCAGCUCCGCAAUGCACGAUUACUUGGACCACUGCGGGAAACUCUUCAGCGGGGCAGUCUGCACCAACGCCUGCCGGAAUGUGAUCGCGAACAUGCGUAAAAUACCCAAGGGUCAGCAGCUGGACACUUGCAUGUGUGACGGGACAGAGAGGGCCAUCUGUGAGUAUGUCAAGAACAGUAUGAAGGCGCUGUGCUUUGACUCGCCCGAGAGGGAGGAGACCAGCGGCGACCAAGACCCAGAUGAUGAGGACUACCCCCCUGAUCCGGAGUAUACAUACGAGCCGGAGAGCGCAGCCUCUCUCCCUGCGGCCCACUGUGUUUUGACCCUGCUGGCAUCCAUUUUGGCUGUAUUGCCCCUCAUUUGAUCCCUGGGUUCAUAAUCUGCUCCGUCUAUUGUCCGGAUAAAAGGCAAUCUAAACUUUUGUCACUCAUUGACCUGCUAUUAUUGUGAAAGCUUUGAGCCCCAGAGACUGAAGGAACUGGUGUUUUGGCGCAGGCCUUGUUUGAAUUAAGAGUUUCAGACGCUGAAGGAUAUCAAAUCAGGAUAUAUUCUAUGCAAACGAGACCAGAAAUAUAUUUUUGAGAUGCCUGUGCUUCAGGCUGCUCUCUUAUCAAACCACACCACUUCACGGCUCUCCACAUGCUUUGCGCUUAUGUGAUAAGCUAAAUUAGAUUGUCUACUUUGUCAGAGUCACAGAGUCUGAUAGUACAGUUGUCAUGAUGGAGACACAGUUGGCUUGUUUUGGUAACAAUGCAACAUUUAAUCAGUAUGUGCACUGCCAAUCUUUGUUUUGUUUUUUUUGUUUUUAAAGAUAUGAACUAUUUUUAUAUGACAGACUGUUGCCAUUUGGCACCAGGCUAUCUGAUUUACAAGUAUUUAAUGCUGGAAUCUAUGAACUUGUAAAUAGAUUAGGAGUUAAAGUGAAACAAUAAUUUAUUACAUGCCAACUAGUUACAUCCAAAUGUUCAUCAUGUGAAUAAAAGACUGAGAAUUCCAGCUUUAAAGGGAAGUUAUUUUGUCUGUAUUCUCUUCAAAGAUAAUGUACAUUGUAUAUAUGUGUAUAGCCUAUAUAGAUUUUUCAGAAAAUCCUUUAUGUUUUAGGCUAUGAGAUGAUUUAUUCACUGUGUAUAGCCUAGAGAAAGAAAUGUCUAAAUCCACUGUAUGAUUGCCUUAAUGAUAUACUUUUAUAGAAGG